AUGAAUUAUAGAUCGGACGGGCCAAUAUAUGCAGCAGGUGCCCAGCUUUCCAUGUUUCUUGUAAUCAUAACAGUAGCUUUACUCAACUGUUGUGGUGGAAAUGGAGCUGGUGCUUGUAUAGAGUACGAGAAACAAGCUCUUUUGACCUUCAAGAAAGACUUGAUAGAUCCCUCGAAUCGACUUUCGUCAUGGACUGCUGCUGAUGCUGAUUGCUGCAAAUGGGAAGCAAUUGCCUGUGAUAACAUCACCAACCAUGUUACGGAACUUCACCUUCAACAUCCCAAUGGAACCUCUCUUUGGGAUCAGUAUGGUUAUAAUUACUUUGAGAUGUUUGCCCUCAGAGGCAGACUAAAUCCUUCUUUGCUCAAUCUGAAACAACUCCGUUUCCUCGAUUUGAGCCUAAAUGACUUCGAAGGAGUCCCAAUCCCCAGUUUUAUAGGAUCCCUCAAAAGUCUUGAGUAUCUCAAUUUAUCAUAUACAGGAUUCUCUGGAAUCAUACCACCUCAGGUGGGAAAUCUGUCAAAUUUACGCACUCUGAGCGUGGAAGGAGAAUAUAUUCAGGAUGACAAUCUGCAGUGGCUGGCUGGUCUUUCCAAUCUUGAGCACCUAGUUAUGGCUUCUGUGAAUCUCAGCAGAGCGUCUAAUUGGGCACAGGUGAUUAAUACGAUUCCUUCAUUGGUAGAGGUACACUUGUCUCACUGUCAACUUGACCGUAUUUCUCCCCUGAUGGAAACCAAUCUUUCUUCGCUUACUGUCCUUGAUCUUUCACUCAAUGAAAUAUCCUUCAUGCCCAGAUGGAUAUUUAGUCUUGGUACGCUAGUCUCCCUUGAUUUGGGUCAGAAUAAUUUUCAAGUUCCAUGGCCAGAAGGUCCCUGGAACUUGACUUCCCUCCAAGUUUUGAAUUUGAAUCAGAACCAACUAGGUGGUUCAUUACCGCGAGAGCUUUUAUAUCUGAAUAAGCUUGUUUCCCUUGAUCUAUCCAAGAACGAGAUCAAUGAUCUAAUGCCAACUGCUAGUAGCAACCUGACAAACCUUCUACAUCUUGACCUUUCAGACAACCAGCUGAAUUCCAGCAUACCUAACUGGUUGUACAAGUCCAAACACAUCAAAUUACUGAAUCUUGCGCGCAACUGGCUGCAAGGUGUAAUCUUGGAAGACAUAGCAAACCUGAGCUCCAUAGUCGAGUUGGACUUGACUGCCAAUCAACUUACCGGAACAAUACCCAAGCAAAUAGGAAACCCUUGCGACAUAAGAUUCAUAAGUAUGUCAGAUAACAAACUCGAGGGACGAGUAUCAGAUUUGAUUGAUGGUAUGUCGGGAUGUUUUUCUUAUGCUCUCAAGAUCUUGUAUCUAGAAAAUAAUCAGCUCUCUGGCCAGUUAACUGAUAAUCUAGGACAAUUUCAAAAUCUUGAGCAGCUUAACCUUGGUUCCAACUCCUUAUCUGGUCCAAUCCCUUCCAACAUAGGGUUGUUGUCCUCCUUUGAAACAUUGCUUUUGGGAGAUAACAAACUAAAUGGAACCCUCCCUGCUUCUCUCGGAAACUUUCCAAGUUAA